UCAAGACAGCUCCCCUGCCCACGCGCUCCCCUGCGUUUGCCUGCCACUCGUUAUCCUCCGCCGCCGACCUCUCGCCGUCCGACGCAUCCCGCAGCGGUCUUCGUCGGGCUCGGGAUUCACUGAGGUCGACGGCGCCCAGGUGCAGGUGCUUGCGGCCAUCCCCUCGUCGGAGCUCGGCGAGCUUCCCUCAGCCCGAGUGUGACGCUUCGCUCCGUCCCUGCUCCGUUCCUCCGUGGAUCCAAGAUAAGUUUGAGUUCAGUUCAGUUCAGACAGCAGUGAACCCCCUCCUUCAAUCAGCAGACACAAGCACAGGGACCAUCUUCCCUGCUAUCCUUCACAGGGACCGGCACAUCUCCGCCGACCAAGCACCAAUCAUCUACACUAUCUUUGAGUGGGAACGGAGCAGCAGGGCCUAGGAAAUACACGUUCAGAUUCAGCCAGCAAACUUGCAAUCGUUAAUAGAAUGGCACCACAAAUACUCACACGUUUUCAGGUUCACCCAAAACUGGCAAGCAGCAAGGAAAAGAGCUACACACCUAAUCACUAGUGAACUACAGGGUCACCCACUCAACUUUUCAGUUCAGAUGCCAAUGGGUUUACGGCUCAUAGCUAGAAAUAUGGGCUGAAUGCUGAAACUGCCUGUCUAUGCACUCAAUUGCUGUAUUGAUUUCCACCAUCUCUCACCGACUGUAAAAAAUCCCACCUCUCAGCAAGAGCUCAAGUCUCAACACCUAGUGUCUUUAGGCUGGAAAUACUUUAUUGAUGAAAGUGGCUUACUCUUCAGUGCUGUGUAUAUAUAUUGUUGGCACAGAACUGAGCUUCUCGAAAUAUCAUGAGUGGGAAUCUCGUCCUGUUCCAGGACAGAACAAAGCAUGCAGUAUACAUUAACAAGAAUUUAAAAGAUUUCACAGAAGAUGCUAUUGAAAGAAUUACUAGCAACUACAGCAUUCCUAUCGGAAAAGGUGGUUUUGGAGAAGUCUUUAAAGGAGUCCUUGAUGAUGAGCUAGUUGCUGUGAAGAGAUAUAUCCGCCAAGAGUUGAGAGAAGAGUUUAUGGAUGAAGUAAGCAUCCAUAGUCAAAUGAGCCACAGGAACGUGGUGAAUCUCAUUGGCUAUUGUAUUGGGGAAAAUACCCUAACAAUGGUAACUGAGUUUAUCUCCAAAGGAAACCUCGAUGACAUACUCCACAACAGUAGUACUUCCAUCCCUUUGGAUAUAAGAUUGGGUAUUGCUAUAGGCUGUGCAGAAGCAUUGAGCUACAUGCAUUCGAUGCAUUUAUCAGGUGACAACCUUGUAUGUCAUGGCGAUAUUAAACCUGCCAACAUACUUCUAGAUGCCAAUCUUACAGCAAAAGUAUCAGAUUUUGGACUGUCGAGGCUUCUUUUAGGAGGCAUCACUCAAUACACUAGGAAUGUAAAAGGAAGUAUAGAUUACAUGGAUCCUAUAUAUCUUCGAGAGGGACGUCUUACCCCAAAGAGUGAUGUAUAUAGUUUUGGAGCUGUGCUCUUGGAAUUAAUAGCUAGGAAAAGGGUAAAAGAGGGUAGCUGUAGCCUCAUAUCGACUUUCAGUAAUGCCCGUGGUAAAGGUGAAUGGUCGAGGGACCUUUUUGACAGAGAAAUAAUUAGUGCAGGCAAUAUAAAGAUUCUUGAGGAAAUAGGAAAACUGGCAACUGAAUGCCUGACAUUGGACAUUCAUAAACGUCCCAGAAUUACUGAUGUGGCUAAACGCCUUUUAUUGCUGUGGAGACAAGAAAAACGGGAGUUCUUUUUUAGAACAGAAAGUGUUGGCACAAGCAACUUAAUGAGAUGUUUGGGCAGUUUUGAGAUGGAUGUUGCCAAUUCUGAGAUACUAGCAAAGCUUGGCAACAUGCGAUUUUUCACUGAGAAGCAGCUAAUUGAAGUCACACGGAACUUCUCAUGUCUAUGUAGUGAAGGUUGGUUAGCUGAGGUCUACAAAGGCACUCUAGAGGAUAACACAGUGGUGGCAGUAAAGAAAUCUGUUGAUGCAUAUGAGGAGCAUAUAAUUCAUUUUGUCAAUGGAGUGAUGAUCCAUGCUCAACUCAUCCACACGAAUAUCAUCAAACUGUUCGGCGUCUGCUUGGAGGUUGGUAUUCCAAUUUUCCUAUAUGAGUAUGCUGCUGAAGGCAAUCUUUCAGACCUCCUGAAUGGUAGCAAACAUUUCCCCCUGGAAUUGCGGCUGGAGAUUGCAAUCGGAACUGCAAAAGCAUUAGCAUACAUGCACUCAUCUGAUUCUGGUUGCAUCAGACAUGGUAGUGUCAACCCUUCCAAUAUACUUCUAGAUCAUAACUUCUCGCCAAAGGUCUCAGGUUUUUCACUCUCAAGGGCGCUUACCAUUGAGUACAAUUAUGAUGACUCUGUAGUCGUUCAAAGGCACUACAGCGACCCAAGCUUCGUACAAUGUGGGCUUCUUACAGUCAAAAGCGAUGUGUACAGCUUCGGGAUUAUUCUCAUGGAACUCAUUAGCAGGAAGCUCUCAACAUAUGAUGAAGAUUGUGAACUAACAGACCUUGUUAUCCUGUAUAACAAAGCAUAUGAUUCAGAGAAGAGAGGAGCGGCGAUGUUUGAUAAGGAUAUCACAGCCGAUAAAGACAUCAUACUGCUUGAAGACAUUGGGAAGCUAGCAAUUGAGUGCACGAAACUGGGACCAGAUCUUAGGCCAACAAUGAAGGAGGUGGCAGAACGCCUCGAGAUUCUUAGAGCAUCUUGGGGCAAAGCUAGCCAAGGGAGGUAGUUGGAUCUGGGGCUAUGGCAAAUGCCACUGGAAGGAGGACAACCCUGUUUAAAACAUUUGUGCCGCUGAAGCUUCAUGAUUACCGCUCUCUGAGCUCAGCUCACAAUUCUAAUAUUGUUUUGUUUUGUAGUGUUAUGAUUUAUGUAAUCUUGGUGGAGAAGCAUCAAGCCUUUUGCUGUAAUCUUGUCUGGAUGUGUGUG